GCCUUGUGGCACUCGAAUCUGCACAUCGUUGGGUCCUUCGCCAGGAUCAUGGUUUUCCAGGGGAUCGUCGCCUCAGGAGCGCGGACUCAUAGUUUUUUCAAGGGGUGGUGGCUUCGGGAUGCCUGGGACGACCUGAAGAACUUCGUGGUUUGGACAGCUGUCUUCCUUCCCACUCUGCUGAUGGCCUCGCUGCUUAGCUGGCCUUGCGUACACACGCAAAUGAAGGAAUCCCGCGAACAGUGGCUGGCGUGGGGCUUGCAGAUGGAAUGCGGUGAUCAGACCGGCUACCUCUCCGUCCUCACCGUUUGGGGCUUCGUGGCCGCGGGUCCACUGACUUGGCUUGGCCUCGUAGCGAUGUCCAACAUGUUCCCUCCCAGUAUGCUGAGCUUCCUCGUGGGGGGCUACAAGGAGCGCGCCAAAUUCUGGGAGGUGGUGGUGCUGUUACGGCGGUGCGUAGACGCCAUGGUCAUCGUGUUGAUGCCACUGACCUACGCAGCCUUCUCGCAGACGCUGGCAAAAGCAGGGCUCAUGGCUGCAGCGCUGUCGUUGCACGCCUUCGUCCGGCCUUACGAUGACCCCUUGCUGAACUUGCUCGAGUUCGUGAGCUUAUUUAGCAACACGAUCUCGGUCAUCCUGACGGCGUACGUGUCCGGCCACAGCUGGAGCCAGACAGCCAGUCUCAACAACGCCGCCUUCGCCGCCAGUGUCGUGCUGCUCGUCGGCACUGGUUUCACCCUGGUGCUGUCCCUGCUGGCGAGCCUGUUCCGCUGGCAGCGUUAGGGACUCUGGUAUCGGAA